AAAACUAUUUUUCGAUUUUCAUGAAAAAUACUAACAAAAAUAUAUUUUCAAAACUAUUUUUCGAUUUUCAUGAAAAAUACUAACAAAAAUAUAUUUCAAACGAAAUCAAAAUGAAUUUAAUAGAAACGUUUUUUCUUUCUAUACAACUGUAACGAAAUUCCUAGACAACCUUCUCCCCCUCUUCUAAACAUCCCUGGACCAUCCCUCCUACGCAUCCUUCAUGCAACUGCGUUUAGGGAGAGAAGGCCCAAAAAGGGCAGUUCUAAACUAGACCUCGUUCGACAUAGAAGUAUACAAAGUUACGGCUUUGUAUCCUUACUUUUAUGUAACAAUUAACAAGUAUAAUAAAUAACUAUUUUAUUCACGAGUAAAUUGUGUUAUUAAUUAUUUUAACAAAUAAUAAUUUAAUUUCUCUCGAAUAAUAAAUAAAGAAUAAUAAAUUGCUACGUACAAUUUAUUAUCUUUGAAUAUUUAUUAUUCGAAGUGAAAGAUAAUAAAAAUCCCGUCACAAAAUUGGCGAUCCUGCCAGGAUACGUGUUGAGUUUAUUCUUUUUACGGAAAGUGAUACUCUAAAACCGUAUCUUGAAACGAACGUUUAAUAAAUUAACCGCGAGUGAAAAGUGACGGAUGUAUUUUGAUUUUACAAUCAACAAACAAGGAAAAAAUUAAAGAAAAGAAAAUUCAGCUUCAUAAUCUUUGUGAUUUUUGAGUAAAACUAGCGGCUGAAUCAAGUAGGUCCUAUAUUACGUAAACUUGAAAUCUCAAAGAUUAUUUAUUGGGAACGUAAAUCAGUACGGUAAAACCCAGAAGAAACAACCAGGAAGGAGCUUUACCAGGACACUGGAGCGCAUUAGGACAACAGGCAUCGAUUACAGAGGAUAGCAGAGGUAAUAAGAAAAAUGCAGAGGCUAGUUUUUAUCAUCACAUUCAUAUUGGGCAUCGUCUACUCUGAUGUAAUUUUCCAACCUGUUGUGAAUACACCAAUCUUUGCUGAAAAUUUGGGAACCACAAGUCUCUACCACCGGACAUGGAAAUUAAUUAUAGGAGUUGACACCAGUAGCAUUGAAAGCAGAUUGGAACAAAUACGAACAUCUUAUUCUAAAGCAACUGAAUUAUGCAAUCAUUGUGCCGAAGAAUUUGAGAUCAAUAUUCUUAAUAAUCGUAUAUUAAGAGUGACUGAUCUCCAAACUACAUUACAACAGAUAUUAGGAUUUUCCCGUACUAAAAGAGGACUUUUAAACAUCAUAGGGACAAUAUCAAAGACUCUAUUUGGUACACUCGACGAACAUGAUAUGGAUAUUAUAGAUAAGGAGUUUGACAAAGUAUAUUCCGACCGAAAAAUAAUUACAGAAACAAUAGGAAACCAAACUAGAAUUAUUAAAACACUUCUGAAUACUGCCUCUCAUGAUUUGCAACUUCUAAAUAAAGAAUCGGGUUCUUUAAUUGAGCAACUUAAUCAGCUAGCUAAUUCAACUAACGCGAACGCAAGAAAUAUGAUAAUUGCUAAUAUACUUUCCAUUUGUACAAUAGCAGUUAGUGAAUACAGCGAAGAUAUUAAUCUAAUAAUAAAUGCUAUAAAUGAUGGGAAGCAUGGCAUUGUACAUCCCCAAAUCCUCACACCAAAUAUGCUAAUUGGAGAAUUACAACGCAUCGAAGAAGAUACUAAUUCUAAAUACCCAAUUAAAUUAAUCCCACAAAACUACCAGCACAUUAUUGACAUCUCAGAAAUAACUGUAAGCAUUGUACACAAAAAUUUAAUCUAUAUCCUCAAAGUACCAGAAUUAGAAGAACCAACUCUUCAAACUCUACAUCUACUCCCUAUACCUAUUCGCCAUGGAACAGGGUUCAUCGCACCCAUCCCAUCUCAUGAAAUUAUCCUUAUAAACCAAGAGAGAACUUUCUUUGUACCCUCAGAUACAACAACACUUAAAAACUGUAAAACACUAGAAGAUACAUACAUUUGUAAACGAUUGCAACCAUCUUUUCUAAUCAGCGAAGUCGAAAAUUGCGAGACAAGUAUUGUUAAACACAGAUAUAAGACCAUUUCUGAUAAAGUAUGCGAUUUUUCUGUAUUUAAAAUAUCAGAAAUGGCAUUUAUACCUCUUCACGAUCCAAACCAGUUUCUUAUCAUCCCAGAACACGAGAUGGAAUUAAAUGCUUUAUGUGACACGAAAAAUCAAAUUAUAACCAUUAAAGAGCCGAGCUUAAUUCAUAGUAAUUCAAACUGCAUACUACAUACACCAAAAUCCAUUCUCAAACUACAUAACUCCAUAGAACAUAAAUUCGACAUUAAGUUCAAAAAGAACUUAUCAUUUUCAAUAAGUCAAACUGAUUUGGAUUUAUUAAGUCACCAGUUACCAAUAAUACAAGAAUCCAUACACAGGGAAAAGUUUAACUCCUUAAAACGAAGUAUCGAUACUAUGGAAGUAUCGAUCCAAAGUAUAAAAAAUAUUCGACGAACAAAAUCUUGGGUAGAAAAAAGCACCGAUAUAUUAACAUAUUUAGGAUACACAUCUUUAGCUGCAGUAACAAUGUACCUUCUAUAUAAAUCCGGAAUUUGUAAAUUAUUUUCUAAGUUACUACCAAAAAAUCUAUGUAUUAAUUUACUCUGUGUUAAAAACAAUGUUACGACGACACCAACAGUACAUUACACGAGCGCACCUACAGCGCCACUACAAUUAGAUGAACAUUUAAAAAUCGUCCCUCAAAAAAUAAGGUUUCGACCUUAGGGACUAAGGUCAGUCUAAGUUGGGGGGUGUAACGAAAUUCCUAGACAACCUUCUCCCCCUCUUCUAAACAUCCCUGGACCAUCCCUCCUACGCAUCCUUCAUGCAACUGCGUUUAGGGAGAGAAGGCCCAAAAAGGGCAGUUCUAAACUAGACCUCGUUCGACAUAGAAGUAUACAAAGUUACGGCUUUGUAUCCUUACUUUUAUGUAACAAUUAACAAGUAUAAUAAAUAACUAUUUUAUUCACGA